GCUCGCGCGGGCGCAGCUGUGCCCCGCCCCUCGCCCAGGCAGCCGUCCCCUACAUCCGGGUACUGACUCGAGCCGCCCGGACUCUGGCACUAUGGUCAUGGCGGAGGGGACGGCAGUGUUGAGGCGAAACAGGCCGGGCACCAAGGCGCAGGAUUUCUAUAAUUGGCCUGAUGAAUCCUUUGAUGAAAUGGACAGUACACUAGCUGUUCAGCAGUAUAUUCAACAGAACAUAAGAGCAGAUUGUUCCAAUAUUGACAAAAUUCUUGAACCACCUGAAGGCCAAGAUGAAGGUGUAUGGAAAUAUGAACACUUAAGGCAGUUCUGCCUGGAGCUAAAUGGUCUUGCUGUCAAACUUCAGAGUGAAUGCCAUCCAGAUACUUGCACUCAAAUGACAGCAACUGAACAAUGGAUUUUUCUUUGUGCAGCUCAUAAAACUCCAAAAGAGUGUCCUGCUAUAGACUAUACUAGACACACACUUGAUGGUGCUGCAUGUCUUCUGAAUAGCAAUAAAUAUUUUCCCAGCAGGGUUAGCAUAAAGGAAUCAUCUGUAGCAAAACUAGGAUCAGUAUGCCGUAGGAUUUACAGAAUAUUUUCACAUGCUUAUUUUCAUCACCGGCAGAUAUUUGAUGAGUAUGAAAAUGAAACAUUUUUGUGUCAUCGGUUUACUAAAUUCGUGAUGAAAUAUAAUUUGAUGUCGAAGGAUAACCUGAUUGUACCAAUUUUAGAAGAGGAAGUUCAGAAUUCAGUUUCGGGGGAAAGUGAAGCAUGAAGGGAAUCAUACAGAAAAAUGUACUGAUCACAUAAUUAACAUUAAUUAUGUACUGUAUAUAUAUCAUUUUAGACACAUCAAUCAUGUAUUCAUAUUAUAGCUUUUCUGUUUAGUAUAGGUUUUUGUAUGCUGUGUGUUGCCUUUUAAAUGAGAAAUACUUUUUAAGUUAUUCAUGAGCUGUAUAUUCACCAGUGUGGCACUCAUGGUUUUUAAAUAUAAGAUUAGUAUUAUCUGUUUAUAAUGCCUGUUAAUAAAAGAAUUUACAGUUUGGUAAAAUUGCUGCUAAACAAUCAUUGGAUCACAAUCCUCAUCAAAUAAACCCCUCUAUAAAAAGAUGAGCUUCAAGUUUUGCACAAACCAUUUAAUAAAUAGUAAUAUUUCUUCCUAAGGUUUAGAAAUUCAAGAAAAUUCUGUAGUACCUAGUUCAGACUUUUAAAAACUGAAAUCGACGUUUUAAUGUUUAAAUAACUUUUGACCUACGUACAUAACCAUAUAUUUCAAAUAUAAAUGUAGAAUUUUAGUAAUUCUUAAAUAGUCUUACUAUAUGCUACAUAAAGUAUAUCCUAGGCAGCACUCUUGGGAGGAAUUUAUCUUUCUGCAACAAUGAACUCUUACAUACAUAAGGCACAUAAGUGAUAUUCCCACUGGAAAUAUACCCAGUUUUUCCCUUACUCCCUCCCCAAACUACAUUAGCCAGAAACUUUUUUUCAGACUGGUUUAAUAGUGACUUACCCUAUUAAUAUUUUUAUUAAUUGCUUUCAGAUUUUACCUCAUUAUAAGCGAUUAUAUUACACUACAGGAAAUAUAUUGAUAUGACUUCAUCUUCCGAAAUUGUUCUAAGUACUUGGAAACAAUCUUUAAAAUAGUUUAGCUCUUCCUAUUAGUGAAAUUAAUUAAUCUCUUUAUCUAACCAUCUAGGCAGGCAUUUAAGCAGAGUUCAGAAAUGUAUUUAUUUUCUGCCCUCUCCCCACAAAGUUUAUGUUUGAAUUGUAUGCACAUGUGAGGAUUUUUUUUUAAUAGUUCCCAGGUGUUAUGAAUGACUUCAUUAUGAUUGUCUUAAGAAGACUUCAACUACAGAUUUUAUAUUCUUACAGUCUACCGAAAGCUAUUUUUAACAAAGCACUAGAACUCCUAUUAUUGCCAAACUGGUUGUAAUUAGGCUAAAAAAGGUUAAAAAUGUACAUGUAGUGAAAAAAAUUUAAAUCCAACAUGAGAGACUGAAGAAACAUAAGGAACUUGUUUUUCAUUUAAAAAGGUUAUUUUUAAAUGAAGAUGAAAAUAUAUUAAUUUUAGUUAUUUUUUCAAAUUUGAGGAAAAACAUUAUGAAAUGUACAGCAAAAGUGUGGGAAAUGGUAGCAUACUGAGAGUGUGUAUAUAUAUUUACCUUUCUAAGCCUGCCAGCAUAUUUGAACAGUGCUUUCUCAGCAGUUAAUUGUUACUUUACCCAUCCCACAAUUAUAUUUUCAGAAGUUUUAUGUUCACAGAUAAAAGAAUGUUGACUUUGAAAUUAUGCAUCUAUAUUAAUGUCAGUAUAAAUACCAAUGGGAAUAGUAAUUUUUACAUAAGCUUGCUAAAUUGAGAGACUACUGAGUUUAGAAGUCAUAUAUAGUGAUAUAGCUGUUCUCUCUAGAUGGUGUCUUCAAAGAUUCCUGUUGCUAAUGAACAUUGAACCAAGACAGUAGCUGGGAUUGAUGACCUGGCUAAUAUUUUGAAACACAUUUUGCAUAAUGUAGCUUGGUGUUAAUGGGGAAAUAAUACCAUUUGAUUUUUUUCUUAUUCAUUCCCUCUCCCUGUAUUGUAUUUGGAAUUGAUCAUAAAAAAAUCCCCAAAAGAAAACAUCAGUUUGUAUUCUUGCUUUUGUAUUCAUAUUGACAUCUCAUUUGUAUUCAUUGCACCAUGAAUUUGACUUGCUCACUAAAUUGGGUAAAACCUGAAUAAAACUUUUUCCUUAGUACAAUUUAUAGAAUUUUGAAAAUACACACUUAUCUACCUAAGCAAUAUUUACAAAUUGAGCCCGGGAAACCAUUGAUCUAUAAAUUGUGAUUCUAAGACUAGAGGAGGUAGACAUUAUAAUUCUUGUGAUGAGGAAGUUAAGCUUGUUUUUUUGUUUGAAUUACUUAUUAUUUUUAUGCUACUAGAUUUCUAACUUAGGGCCUUACAUUUACAAGCCACAUGGUCACGUCCCUGGCCCACCUUGGAUUAUUUUAUCCCCCUUUAAAGUAUUCCACUCAUUUUAUUUUAUUAUUAUUGGGGGAGGGGGGUUGGGUCACACCUGGCGAUAGUGUGAUAGUGGUUAUUCCAGCUCUUUGCUAGUGAUUUCUUCCUGUGGUUCUCAGGACUAUGUGCAGGGGAAUCAAACCUGGACCUUCCAACUUGAAAGUGUCCUUGUAGCCCUUUGAGCUAUCUCUGUGAC